AUGGACCCAUUUAGUGCUCUAAACCUACUAUCGGACACGAUCUACAAGGGUAUUAGGGUCUAUGAUUGGAUCUGUACGCUUCGUGAAGCAUCGGACGACAUACACAACGCAAGAAACGGGAUUUCUAACCAUUUGAUACUCCUACGACGUGUGCGGCAGUUCGUGAGAAGUGAUGGGCAGUUCGCUCCUCAACUAGCUUUUCUAGCCGAACGCAACGAGCUACUCGAAGAAGCAAAUCGCGCGAUCGUGGAACUCCUAGAUCUCGUUGGUGGAGAUGCGUCUACCAACAAUCCAUUGGAUAGAGAACCGUCCGGCUGA